AUGGAGCCUCCUUGGAAGUUAAAGGGCCGCCAAAUGAUUGAGAUGGUGAAGAUCAAGAAGGCGACGAAUCUCCAAGUUACCUUUGCCAAACGACCGGCUAGCAUUUUCAAGAAGGCGAGUGAAAUUAGCACACUUUGUGGCGCUGAAUUUGCAGUGAUUAUUUUUUCACCUGCCAAGAAAGUGUUCUUUUUUGUCAGUCCUUCUAUGGAAAAGUUGAUCAAUCGAUUCAGUGGCCUAAUAGAACAACCUCCUUCAGCUAACAGAUGUAUGAUGGAUGCUCAUCGAAAUGCUUAUCUCCAAGGGCUCAACUCACAGCUAAAUAAGGUGAUGAAGGAGAAUGCAAGUAAAGCCUGGUGGAUGGGUUCCAUAGAUGACAUGAACCUUUCACAGCUUCAGCAAUUUCAAGCUGCUCUUGAGGAAUUAUACGAGAAUGUUAUAAAAGUUGCCAAAGAAAAAGAUGCUGAAGAGGACAAUAUUAAUCCUAAUUCUGAUGAUCAGCUUUUUCUUGGAAGCUCUUCCAAUAGAACUGGACUUCCAUUUGAAUCUAUCCCCUUAAAUGCUAUCGUUGGUCCCAAAAACAUGGUUAAUCCGAACAUGAAUAGGGUUAAUUCCAACAUGAUGCUUCGUGACAUGCUCAACAACAAUAAUCCAAACAUUCCCUUGUCCAAUUCCAUGAUUCCCAAUAAUCCAAACAUGGUCUCUAAUGUCAUGCCUAUCAACAGUAACCCUACAAACAUGAUGCUAUCGGCGGCAAAUCUGAUGAUCAACAAUUAUCAAAACAUGGUUCCAGUCGAUCAUAUGAUGAUGAACAAUGACCAGAACAUGAUGGUGGGGGGAUCGGAUGCGAUUAACGAUUAA